UCUCAGAGUGCGGAAGUGAGGGUCGCGCUCGCCGGUUUCGUGCUUCGUCGCUCCUUCGCUGUCCUCGCCAUGGGGAAGACGGACUUCUUGAGCCCCAAGGCCAUCGCCAACCGCAUCAAGUCGAAGGGGCUGCAGAAGCUGCGCUGGUAUUGCCAGAUGUGCCAGAAGCAGUGCAGGGACGAGAAUGGCUUUAAAUGUCAUUGCAUGUCUGAAUCCCACCAGCGACAACUGCUCCUGGCAUCUGAAAACCCUCAGCAGUUCAUGGAUUACUUUUCAGAGGAAUUCCGGAAUGAUUUCCUAGAACUUCUCCGGAGAAGAUUCGGAACAAAGCGAGUCCAUAACAAUAUUGUAUACAAUGAAUAUAUCAGCCAUCGGGAACACAUCCAUAUGAAUGCUACCCAGUGGGAAACUCUGACAGAUUUUACAAAGUGGCUCGGGAGGGAAGGCCUUUGCAAAGUCGACGAAACGCCCAAGGGCUGGUACAUCCAGUACAUUGACCGAGACCCCGAGACCAUCCGUAGGCAGCAGGAACAGGAAAAGAAGAAAAAACAGGAUUUGGACGAUGAAGAAAAAACGGCCCGAUUCAUCGAACAGCAAGUCAGGAGGGGCUUGGAGGGAAAAGAUCAGGAAGAGCCGAUCUUCACAGAACUGAACAGAGAAAAUGAGGAGGAAAAAGUGACCUUCAAUUUGAACAAAGGAGCAAGCACUUCAGCCGCUGCAGCACAACAACCCAAAGGCAGCGUGCUGAAGCCAUCAGGAGCGCUGCUCCCUGUCAAGCGGAAAGAAAUCCCUCCGACGUCAAAGCAAAAUAAGGAGAAGAAGAAGAAGAGGUCUGCCCUUGAUGAGAUCAUAGAGUUUGAAGAAGAGAAGAAAAAGUCUGCCCGAAAGGACUAUUGGUUGCAACCUGAAAUUGUGGUCAAAAUCAUAACCAAGAAACUUGGCGAGAAAUACUAUAAAAGAAAAGCCGUCGUUAAGGAGGUCAUUGACAAAUACACAGCAGUGGUGAAAGUGAUCAAUUCUGGAGAUAAGCUCAAACUUGACCAGACGCAUCUUGAAACGGUGAUCCCAGCCCCAGGUAAAAAGGUAUUGGUUUUAAACGGAGGCUACCGAGGGAAUGAAGCCACGUUACUGGGCAUCAACGAGAAGUCAUUUUCCGCCACGGUCCUCAUUGAAUCGGGAGCUCUGAAAGGACAUCAGGUGGAUGGUAUCCCAUACGAAGACAUUUCCAAGUUGGCCUCCAUUGACUAAAAGAGCUGAUGGGAUCUCUGAGGAACAACUCACGUAGA